UUGAGCAAAUCUUGGUUUUGCUCGACUAAACCUUUGUUUCUUUAAUUUCUUCAUCAGCUUCUUGACACAAUCUUACACAGUAUAACCCAACUUUCGUAAUACAAUGAUUACAAUCCUCUGCAACAUACGGAUUCACAUCCAGUGCAAUAGCUAGGGUAUUGCACGGGGUGCAAUAGCUUUAAUAUCAGCCAUGGAUUAAAUCUAAUGCUCAGAAAAUUGACACGUUAUAUCUCCACGCUGGCAAUCCGCGUGCUUCAAUUUCUCUCCUCUUUUUUUUUUUCUCUUUUCACUUCAUCAAUUCAGCUUUCCCAAAUUUUAGUUUCAGAAAAAAAACCUCUCUUGGAGACUCUAAAUCCAUGGCCGAAUCUCAGUGGGCCUCAGCUCAUCCCACACCACCACCACCACCGGCGAUGCUUCCCGGUCUAGUAUUCUCCUCUUUCAAGGUUUUCUCGUAGCUCUCUCUCUUCUCAUUGCACCCACACCACUGCCGUUGGCGGUGCUUAUUACCGGUGUCACCACCACUGGGGGCUACCGGGUUUCCCUCUCUCCCUCUCAAAUUUAUUUUCUCUUUUAUUUUUGUUUUUGUUCCAGUUUUAAUUAUUUUGAUGACUAGAGCUGUAUGAUUUUGUUUGGGUUUGAAAAAUGGGGGUUUUGGUAUGAGUCUGUUUUAUUGUGUAAAUACAUGUCAUUUUGUGUGUGGGUUAUUGAGUGAGUGAAAUUUGUGUUCUUGAGAGUGCUUAAAUUAGUGUAAACAAAUGGAGUAGUUAAGUGCAGAUCUUAAAAUCUGGGUAUGUAAAGGGUAAGUUCUACUUUUUUUUUUUCCUUCCUUUGCUAUGAUCUUUGUUAUUGCCUUGCUUCUUUAUUGUUGCUGUUGCUGUGACCUUUGAGUCCUCUGUUAUUGUUGCUGAAGGUGUUUGUUGAAAUGCUUCAUAGAGGGGUCAAGAUAGUUGGGGCUAUUGAAACCAAGCUCUUGAAAUUCUGUUUUUUAUUUCCAAUCGGUCUUUUGCCUAAUCCGUUGGAUUUUAAAAAAGGCGCUAAAUUUUACAAAGGUUAUUCGUUGCAAAAUUUUAAUCUGAAAUAUUGUCCAUAAAUUGCAGUUGUUUAUUUUAAGGAAUAAUCAUACAUGCAAUAGAGAACUCUCACAAAUGGGCUUUUUAUGUUUGAUUCCUUGUUUCAUUUUUAUGCGCCUUCAAGAUCUUCUUGACUUUCUCUUGUCUCAGGCUUAAUGUUCUUUUCUUCUUUACUAAAAUCGUAUAUAUAUAUAUAUAUAUAUAUAUACAUAUAUAUAAUAUGACAGCCAGCUUUUAAGGUAAUUGAUGAGUGCAGAAGAACUUAUCAGAACUAGAAUCAAUUGCGCUAGAAGAGACAAUGAAAUUGCAGGCUCUAAAACAUCUUUGUGGUGAAAAUUUUGUUCUUAGCUUGAUCAUAUUACCUUUUGUUUGUUUUUGUGUGUUGUGGACCUGUGGUCCAAAAAUGACUGCUGUGUUUUCAUUCUGAAACCUUUAAAGAAUUUCCAUAAAGAAACCUUUAAAGAAACUGCUGUGUUUCUUUAAUUUCUUCAUCAGCUUCUUGACACAAUCUUACACAGUAUAAUCCAACUUUCCUAAUACAAUGAUUACAACCCUCUGCAACAUAUGGUCGUCACACAGAAUUUCUCAAAUUUAAAAGCUGACACCGUCUCCAUGCCAUUCAUCAAAAAGCAAAUCCACUAUGUAAAAUUUCAAAAUAAACAUUUAUGCUUAAUUGCUUUUUAUGAUUGGUCAUGGGGCCUCUCUACUUUGAAAUUAUAUGCUUUUUGAAAAAUAUAGGUUUUUGUUCCUACUAUUCACCUGGUUCAAUGCAAAAACUUAGAAUAAUCACAUAAUUAGACUCAAAAAGCACCAUUUGUAAAUUUUACCAAAGGCAUUAAAUUAGGUUUUAAAAUCACAAACGCAAAACGUGGUAACUAAUUAAACAAGCACCAAGCUGUACUUGCAAACAGUGCUCUUAUACAAAUUUAAAGGGAGAAGUACAGAAUAAACCCUUCUUUGAAAUAUUCAUUCUUGAAAAUUACUUUUAUCUAUACUACUGUUUAAGAAGUUCUCUUUAUUUAGAAUCCUCAUUUGUUUAAUUAGUUUAAAAAAAUCCCUACACCUCUAUGUUUAAAUAAAACUAAAGGACAAUUCAGUAAAAAUACAAUCAUAACUUCCACUAAAACAUUGCCUAAAAAAUAAGAUUAUUUUCCUGUUAAUUUUCAAAUUGCUUUAUCCACUUAUAAAUUAGAUUCUCAAAAUAAAAAUUAUACUGUAUGUAUAAAAUAAAAAAACAAGUUUUUUUUUUCUUCUAUAAAAAAAGCCUUAUCACACACGCGAAACGUGUGUGAUGAGGCUAGGAGUAAUUUGUAUAUAUUAAGAGGAUUCAGAAAGUUAGUUAUUGCUUUUUUUCCUGUCAAAAAUAUCCCUAAAUUAAUUAACCAACAACUUAAAAAUAGGGUUAAAUUAGUAAAUUGGCAAAAGAAAGUUAGUUAUUACUUUUUUUAUUGUAAAAAAUACCUCUACCUAAAACUUAAAAAUGGGGUUAAAAUAGUAAAUUGACUCUAUAUUGAAAUGCUUUCUUGCUUCUAAUAAACUCCUACUUUUACGUUAAUUUAAAUUCCUACUUCUACUCUUUAACUCUCUAUAAAAUAGAAUCAUUCUUUUGUUAGUUUUAAAACUUCUCAAAUUUACAUAAUUCACCCCACGUAUUCUUCUCUUUUAUUUAUUUUUUUUUUUUUUGUGAUUAGAAAAAGUAGAAAUCCUAAAUUAUAAUAAGUGUAAAUUAUUAAUCUUUACCCAAAGAUUAGAAAAGCUUCUGAGCACAAACGUGAGCGCGUGCUCAGAGGCUAGUUAGUAUAUAUAAAGAUUGAGAUUCCCACACGUAUGCUAUUGAAUAUUUUUGGAAUGUUUUUACUUUUUCCACAAAAAGUGUGCGGGGAAGAUGUCGGUAGGGCAAAGCAAAAAAGAAAAGAAAAACAACUAUAAUAAUAUUAAUAUUAAGAAUUGUUGUACGUAAUAUGUAAGCAAAACAUUUUUUUUUUUUUUUUUGAUAACGUAAGCAAAACAUUAUUAGACGGUAAGAAUAAUUAGCAGUUCCUCCAAUUGAAGACACAUGAAAGCAUAUCCAUGCAGGCAAGUAACGGAUAAAAAAAAGGUUAACACGUUUAUCUCUUAGUACGGCCUAUCUGUGUGAAGAAACGUCUUCCAAAUCAAGCGAAGGUGUUUAAACCCUGUAGAAAUCUUCUUGUUGGCUCUUAACGACCAUUAAUUCUGUGUAGCUUCCUAGUCGGGGCAGGGACUCAACUAUAUAUUCAGCAUUUCUACUAUUUGUCAAAAGGAGAGAUCAUGGUGAGCGUAGGUUACUUUAAGGAAUUAUGGGUGGACUGGAACAUCGAAGUGCUAGUACUAGUGAGCUUUGUCUUGCAAAUCAUCCUCACUAUCUUUGGUAGCCGCAGAAGAUACAUUCCUGGCAUUGGUAUAAGAUUUGCAGUAUGGUCAGCUUACUUGCUGUCCAAUUAUGUUGCAAAGAUUGCUAUAGGCAAGCUCACUGACAUAGAUACCAAGCAAUUUGAUCUGAGUGAACAGAAACUGAAAGGGUUGUUGGCACCACUGAUCUUUGUGCAAAUUGGAAGCCCGGAUACCAUAACUGCCCUCUCAAUCGAAGACAAUCGUCUGGGAUUGAGGCAAUUUCUUGGCCUACUCAUCCAAGUAGGGGUGGUAAUUUUGAUCAUUGUUCGGUUUUGGAAUAAGCACUCUUCUUUCUCAUUUCUUUUCUUGCUAAUGUUUUUGGCCGGUAUAAGUAAGUAUGGAGAGACAGUAUGGGCUCUGAGUACAGCACUCACAGGUGAAUCUGGCAUAAGUAUUUCAGAAUUUGAUCAAGAAGAAAAUGUUCCUACUUUAUUACGACAAUUACCAGAAAGCAUUCCUGGUGUGGAAUUGAUCUUAAAGGCAUAUUAUCGGUUUAGCUGUUUGAAGCCUCAUCUUGAGAAUUGGCUCUACAAGCCCUUAUAUGAGUCUCUUCCAUGGAUGUCCAUUGAUGGAUAUUCAGCUGACGAUGUCUUUAGAAUUACAGAUUCUGAACUUGGCUUCAUGUAUGAUGUGCUCUAUACGAAGGCACCUAUUAUAUAUACAUGGCAAGGUUGUAUUCUCCGUAUCAUUAGUUUCUUGAGUUUAGUUUCUACAUUAUGUGGAUUAGCAAUCUUAUCUAGCCAUGCCUCUGCUAAAGUUAAACUUCAAUAUCUUGUAUUCACCUAUGUGUUGCUGAUUGGAGGAGUUGUUCUUGAGCUUUAUCAGAUCAUACUACUACCUUUCACAGAGUGGGCAAUACUCAAAAUGAUGAGGUACCAUAACAUGCCAGCGGUGAUGCAAUGUUUGCGAGUACUUGGCCCAAAGUCAAGUGAGUGGAAAAGAUGGUCCAAUUUGUUGGGACAAUUCAAUUUGUUGAGCUUUUGUCUUCAUGACAAGCAUUUGAAAUAUAGUAGGUUCAUCAAGUUUAGUGGCAUCGACAUGGAGCUAAGAAAGACCAGGAGUAGGGCACGUGUGGAAUUCCCUAAGAAAUUGAAAGAACUUAUAGUGCAUGAAAUGAAAGAGGUAGAUAAUGCAAGAAAUGCAAAGCCUGUCACACAAAGAGGUCAUUGGGCACUUGAAAGGCAUGGAUGCCUCAAUGAUGAAUUCAAAUGGAGUGUCAAGAGAGAGUUUGAUAAGAGCAUUACCAUAUGGCACAUUGCAACAGACAUUUGUUACCAUUCAGAUGUUCAAUAUGGUGUUACAAACUCUCAAAUUAAGAUGGGUAAAUUGUUAUCAAACUACAUGAUGUAUGUUCUUGUAAUGCGCCCUCACAUGUUUUACUCCACCACAGCAAAUAUCAUAUUCCAACAUACCUACACCGAACUCAUGAUAUUUUUAAGAACUAGACCAUCCUUAGUAAAAGGUGAAGGAGAAGCUUGUAGGAUUUUCAGGACGGAAGAACUUCCCGAAGAAUCAGACUUGGAUAAAAGAAAGGAAACCGUGGUCACAUCUGAUUGGCAUGUACUAAAAGAUGCACAAAGACUCGCCAGGAGUUUGAUGAGCAAGGAGAACAAAUGGAUCAUCAUUUGCAGCGUGUGGGUGGAGAUGUUGUGCUAUGCAGCAAGUAACUGUCCAAUGGAGUACCAUGCUGAACAACUAAGGCGAGGUGGGGGUUUGAUCACUCAUGUUUGGCUUCUCCUAGCCCACAAAACAGAUAAGUUCCAUACCAGUGAUUAAAGUAUUUUAGCAAUCACAUUUUGCAGACAAAAAAAAAAAAAAAAAUUGAAGCCUUGUAACUCAAUUGGCUUCCUUCUGGUGCCAACACCAAACCAAUUCAGAAAGGAUUAUUGCUCAUUGAUUUUA